CGUUUUCUUUGACUGUAAGAUAGUGUUCGGUUAGCCGGAUCCGGUUCAAUAUUUCCCCCAUUUUCACCCUUAUAACCCUCUUCACUGAACUUAUCUCAGCGUGAGGAAGAUGGCUCAGCCUUUGGUGAAGAAGGACGACGAUCGCGAUGAUGAAAUGGACUACUCCCCGUUUAUGGGGAUCGAGAAAGGUGCUGUUCUUCAGGAAGCUAGGGUUUUCAAUGAUCCUCAACUGGAUGCAAGAAGAUGCUCACAGGUCAUUACAAAGCUUUUGUAUCUUCUGAAUCAGGGCGAGGCAUUUACAAAGGUUGAGGCCACAGAAGUCUUCUUUUCUGUCACAAAACUCUUCCAGUCAAAGGAUAUUGGUCUCAGGAGAAUGGUGUAUCUGAUAAUUAAAGAGCUUUCUCCCUCCGCAGAUGAGGUUAUCAUUGUUACAAGCUCUCUUAUGAAGGACAUGAAUAGCAGAACUGAUAUGUACCGGGCAAAUGCUAUUCGUGUCCUUUGUCGAAUCACGGAUGGGACACUUCUCACCCAAAUAGAGAGAUACUUGAAACAAGCCAUUGUUGACAAGAAUCCUGUUGUUGCAAGUGCUGCCCUUGUGAGUGGAAUCCAUUUGCUUCAGACAAAUCCAGAAAUCGUGAAAAGAUGGAGUAAUGAGGUACAGGAAGCUGUUCAAUCAAGGGCAGCUCUUGUUCAGUUCCAUGCACUGGCCCUGUUGCACCAGAUUCGUCAAAAUGACCGUUUAGCUGUUAGCAAGCUAGUUACCAGUUUGACAAAAGGGAGUGUUCGCUCCCCUCUAGCUCAAUGCCUUUUGAUUCGCUAUACUAGUCAGGUUAUAAGAGAAUCUGGCAUUAGUCAAACAGGAGAUCGUCCAUUCUAUGACUAUUUAGAGAGUUGCCUCCGUCACAAAGCGGAAAUGGUCAUUUUUGAAGCAGCCAGGGCAAUCACAGAGCUUACCAGUGUGACUACUCGAGAAUUAACUCCUGCUAUUACUGUUCUACAGCUCUUUUUAAGCUCUUCUAAGCCAGUUCUUAGGUUUGCUGCUGUCCGCACUUUGAACAAGGUGGCAAUGACACAUCCUAUGGCUGUGACUAAUUGCAACAUUGAUAUGGAGAGCCUGAUUUCUGAUCAAAAUAGGAGCAUUGCAACUCUGGCCAUCACAACUCUACUCAAGACCGGGAAUGAAUCAAGCAUUGAUCGUCUAAUGAAGCAGAUCACUAACUUCAUGUCUGACAUUGCUGAUGAGUUUAAGAUAGUGGUGGUGGAAGCCAUUAGAUCAUUGUGUUUGAAGUUCCCCCUUAAGUACAGAUCAUUGAUGAAUUUCUUGAGCAAUAUUUUGAGGGAAGAAGGUGGAUUUGAGUACAAGAAGGCUAUUGUUGAUUCAAUUGUGAUCCUGAUUAGAGAUAUCCCAGACGCUAAAGAAGGUGGAUUGCUUCACCUGUGUGAAUUCAUUGAGGACUGUGAAUUCACAUAUCUUUCUACUCAGAUACUACACUUUCUUGGAAAUGAAGGACCUAAAACCUCUGACCCCAGUAAGUACAUACGAUACAUAUAUAAUCGGGUGAUACUUGAGAACGCAACAGUUCGGGCCAGUGCGGUCAGCACCUUAGCAAAGUUUGGUGCCUUGGUUGAUUCAUUAAAGCCUCGUAUAUUUGUGCUGUUGAAACGUUGUCUGUUUGACAGUGAUGAUGAGGUUCGUGACCGCGCAACACUUUACUUGAAUACCCUUGGUGGUGAUGGUGCAGUUGUUGAAACUGAUGAAGAGGUGAAAGAAUUCCUUUUUGGUUCACUCGGUGUCCCUCUAACCAAUCUGGAAACCAGUUUGAAGAACUAUGAGCCCUGCGAGGAGCCAUUUGAUAUUCAUUCAGUACCUAAGGAAGUCAAAAUUCAACCCCUGGCUGAGAAGAAAGCACCUGGUAAAAAGCCAACCGGUUUGGCUGCUCCACCAGUGGCCCCCACAUCCACUGUUGAUGCAUACGAAAGAUUACUGUCCUCUAUUCCAGAAUUUGCCAGUUACGGGAAGCUUUUCAAGUCAUCUGCGCCAGUGGAGCUUACAGAAGCUGAAACAGAAUAUGCAGUUAAUGUUGUCAAGCACAUUUUUGAGAGUCAUGUCGUGUUCCAGUACAACUGCACCAACACUAUUCCUGAACAGUUGCUGGAGAAUGUGAGUGUUAUAGUAGACGCUUCUGAAGCUGAGGAAUUUUCUGAAGUAGCAUCCAAACCUCUUAAAUCCCUUCCAUACGAUACCCCUGGGCAGACAUUUGUAGCUUUUGAGAGACAGGAAGGAGUCCCUGCUGUUGGGAAGUUCUCAAACACGUUAAGGUUCAUUGUAAAAGAGGUUGAUCCAUCUACUGGUGAGGCUGAAGACGAUGGUGUCGAAGAUGAAUACCAACUAGAAGACCUUGAGGUUGUUUCAGCAGAUUAUAUGCUAAAAGUAGGAGUGUCUAACUUUAGGAAUGCCUGGGAGAGUUUGGGAGAUGAUUGUGAAAAGGUUGAUGAAUAUGGUCUUGGACCAAUGGAAAACCUGACUGAAGCUGUAAAUGCAGUCAUCAACCUUCUUGGCAUGCAACCUUGCGAGGGUACUGAGGGAGUCCCAAGCAAUUCAAGAUCACACAUAUGUUUAUUAUCUGGUGUUUACAUUGGCAAUGUAAAGGUUCUGGUUAAGUUGUCAUUUGGAGUCGGUGGACCAAAGGAAGUUGCAAUGAAACUGGCUGUUAGGUCUGAAGAUAUAUCCGUCAGCGAUGCAAUUCAUGAAAUUGUGGCAAGCGGCUAGUUUUGUUAGAUGAGCUGAACAUUAUUAGUACUCAUAUCGGAAGUUGUUUUUCGCCAAGUAAAUCGGCUGGGGGAAUUCAAACACUAAAAAUGACUCUCGUUUUUCUCUGUUUGUUUUGUUCGAAGGAAGAGUUGAUAGUUCUAGCCCGUAUAUUUUGCAUUAUAUUGUUAUAGUGUUACUUGAUCUACUUGGUCCGGGAUACAAAGUUGGCACCAUUAUUGUUGUAUUCGUUAUAAAUUUUGCCAUCUUUAUGGUUCA